UAAGUAAAAUAUUUGGAUAAGUUUAGGAACCAUCAGUAUAAUUGGCCUUUAAGGGGUUCAAAGUGUAUGUAUCUAAACUUUAGACCGCCAAGUCGCGUGUUGCAGAGAAUUUUAGGGAUAUUUUCCCAAAAAAAUUCGUCGGCGUCGAAGCGCCGGUACCCUAAGAAAGAGUUUUCUCAGUUCGCAACAGUUAACAUCCCCUAUAACCUAUUUAUGCUAUCCCAAAUACAAGAUUGAAAGUAAAUAUAACUCUUUUUGGGGCCGCGAAGAUGUCAUCGUCGGGUCGAUCAGCGGCCGUUGCUGCCGGAGAUUUACAGUUGGUCUCUGUGUCGGACAGGCAGGUAUCUGCCUUACCUCCUCGUCCUCCGGCUUCUUCUUCUUCCACUGCUCUUGUGGAAUACACGCCACCUGCUGCUAAUCCUGAAGAUGAGGAUCUCGAGAUCAAGCUUCGUCGUAUACUUGAAUGUGUGCCUGUACGGGUUAGCAAUACGUCUGGUAGUUCUGCCGGUUCUGGCUCUGGCGACUUUCAUCAGUAUCGGCAGAUGAGACGGAGAGAACAAGACCGACUUGCAAGGAUGGAUGUUGACUACCAGAAAAGGAAAGAAAUUGCUGAAUUCCACUUGAGGAGAGAAGAAAAAUUAAAAGCUGCGGAAGAGCGGACAGCAAAGAAACGUGCAAAGCGGCAAAAGAAAAAGCAGAGGAAGAAGGAGAAGAAGAGUAAUUCUGGUGCAGGCGGAGAAGAAAACCGUAGGGAAGAGUCAUCUGGUGAUGAUGAAGCUGACUCCGACAACAACUAAGAAGGGAGAGAUAAUUGGCUUCAAAUUUAGCAUUGUCGAGAUCCUUGGAUAAUAAGGAGCUUGCAUGUGCUAUGUGGUUCGAAAAUUUGUGACCGUGUAACAUAAGUAGCCUUGUGAACAACUUUUCAAAAUCCAAAAUGAUACUCCCAUUUUUUUUCUGUCUCA